UUUGAUCGUUUUCUCGAGCCUUCCCUGUCGAAGCGCAGCUCUCUGUUGCCUCAUGGUCCGCAUGACCAACGUGCUAAUCUGUGUACAUGCGUAUAGUACAUGCGCUGAAUGUAUAUGAAUAGAACGGGAGUUUGGUGUGGCUUGAUUAGUUCCCCAUUUCUUCACGAUAACGGCUCAAGCACUGAAAGUCUAUGGGACGAAAAAUCGAGAUAUAUAAUGAGCCUUUUUCGAAGCUUCGAAGAGACGGGCUGGAUAUCUCCGGUACUGCAACGCCGGGUCGUUAUCGCUUUAUGGACUGCGACACUUUCCUUUCAAAAAGACAUCUGCGUAUCGUGGAGUGCGAAGGCAUCAGGCUCUCUUCCGACUCGUUCAGGUACUCUGUGAUAUCAUACGUCUGGCGCGGUAACUCCGUCAGCUCCGAUCCUGCUAGUCCUUGCUACUGGCAAGAUAAACACGGCGUAUUCAGCGUGAAGGGCGCCGAGGAUGGAGACCCUAUUAGUCUUGACGUCCUGUGGCAUGCAUGCACGGCUUCAGAGCUAUCGUACGCCUGUCCUUUCGGAUGUCGUUGGCUAUGGUUGGACCGGAUAUGCAUCUUACAGACAAGCAAGAUGGACAAGGCAUGGCAGAUCAGUCAGAUGUAUGAGAUCUACAGUCACAGUGAUGCAUGCAUCAUUCUUCCCGGCGGUGUCCGACGUUUAGUUAGCCUAGACGAGGAAACAAGCUGGAUUCAUCGUGCGUGGACUCUUCAAGAAGCCCUUACCCCUUGCCAGCCUUGGGUCUUGUACACAUGGAAGCAUGCACGUUGUGUGCUUCGUCUCAAAACUGGAGACUCGCACGGAACUUCAUCGGUAGCCAUCCAGUCAGUAAUCGAAGGCCAAUCUGCAAUGUCACAUCUUAAAGAACUCCUCGCUCUCAAUGCGCACCCUGGCGGCGCUAGUACGUUCAAAGUGGCCGGGGUCGAACUAAAGGGACAUGUCCGUCUAUUCGGGACACCUAAGGUCGCAGACAUGCUUAGGCGGAGCCUUGAAGACUCUUUCAGAGAGUCGUCCAUUUGGUUUUCGUCUCUAAUGAGGACAUCAUCGAGGCCGGUGGAUAUGAUCUUUAGCAUCAUGCAUUUCUUCGGUGUCAGUCUGGAUCCGCGCAUAUUCGGGGAGAAUGACAGGACGAAAGCCGCCAUCGCACUCACCCAAGGGAGGACAAGCCAACUGGUUAUGGACCACCUUUCACUUACCCUCAGAUAACGACCUCUUGACGUUCCCACAAUUUCCCGAGACGAGCGUAUCUGGCCAAGCUUACCUUCGUACGUCUGGCGGUGAGAUGCAGGCGAUGACGAAGGUCGCAGAGACAAUUGACUACUCGGAGUACAUCAAUGCGGUAGCAUUUCCAACGGGGGGGGAUGGAGGACGACGGGUCUUUAGUCAUACGCAGUACAAUAAUCCCUCUGACCGACGGGCGAACUUUAGAUGAGAUAGCAUCAGAUUUGGACGAACAUGUCAGAAAUUGGUUUGAUGAGCAGCAGCGGGUAAAUAGAAAGGGCAAAAGGGCAGAUCGGCGGCGACCUCUUGAUAUGAUCCAGAAAAGCCCGACCGGCACAUACUUGGUUCAAAUAACGACUCCAUUCCCAUUCUCUCGUGGGCCCGACCUCAGAUGGGUUGUGAAGAAGCUCUCGUGUGGAUGCUUCUGUCGUUCAGGUAUUGCUAAUCUCGGUGUGCGAACGGGACCACCCCAGGAUUUGUUUCCGAUGCAUGAACUUCGAUUUCCUGCGGCAAUGAGAAAUGGACGAUGUUCAAUACAUCCGACGACUGCCGUAGAUAUCUGACGAGGGAUUGGUAGGGUCAAUGAAGACUGAUUGACUGAAAAUAUGAUGACAGAAGUAGAAUUGCAGCUUGCAAGUAUCAAUGCCUUGAACGGCUUCCUUGCCU